CUGCUCGCUGCCCGCCAGCAAAAAGCGCCAAUGAGAGAAUCAAUGAAUUAUUUUAUAUUUUAUUUUAUACUGUUAUUAACUACUGAUUCAAAAUUGGAAAAAUUUCUUUUUGAAUGAUAACUUCAACUAAGGUUAAAAGGCAGCGUAAUGAGUACAAGGAAGAGAAAACAGUUAACUCAGAUAGAGUUGGAUGAAGAGAAUGGUGCUCGGAAAAAAUCCAGAACGAAUAACGAUGACUGUGAGGAACAAAAAAGAGCCGGCACGAUAAAACACAUGAUCUUGAAGAAUUUCAUGUGCCAUUCUUUGCUGGAGGUGAGUUUUGAGAAUAACAUCACCAUUAUCAUUGGAAAGAAUGGAAGUGGGAAGAGUGCCAUCCUUACGGCACUUAUUGUCGGACUAGGAGGCAAGGCCUCUCUCACCAAUAGGGGUAGUAGUGUCAAAGGAUUCGUGAAAGCUGGAAAACCAUCGGGAAGCAUCGAAAUAGAACUAUGUAACGAAGGGCCAAUGUCAUACAGGCCCAGCGUGUACGGAAAACGUAUAAACAUUGUUCGCAAUUUGAGCUCCAGUGGAGGGGGAUCUUAUAGAAUACGUUCGGAGAAUGGCGAGGUGAUAUCCACUCAAGCGAAGGAAGUUCAAUAUAUCACCUCCAGUUUGAACAUACAAGUGGACAAUCCGAUAUGCAUCUUGAAUCAGGAUACGUCGAGAAACUUUUUGAGCAGUAACAACCCUAAAAAUAAGUUCACUCUGUUCAUGAAAGCUACCAAAUUGGACACACUCGAAGCUGAAUAUAAGAAAGUCCAGGGGAACAAGAGAGAUUCUAUUAAAAUAAUGGAAGAAAAGGCGGAGAAUUUCAAAAAACUCCAAGAUGAAAUCAAGAGGUUGAAGAGAAAAAUCGAAAACCACAAAUCGAUCAUUUCAUUGAAGGACAAAAAGCUCUUGCUGCAACAGGAGUUGGUUUGGGCGAAAGCGAGAGACGUCGAGGAAGAAUUGGAAGAAGAAAAAGCCAAAGUCGAAUCGGUGGAUAAAAAGUUGAACGAGUUCAGAACGAAUUCCGCCAAGAGAGGGGAGAGGAUCAGCACUUUGAAGGAACAUAUCAAAAACCUUGAGCAGCAAAUCUUGGAGGUGAAAGACCAGAUCGAGGUACAGAAAAGGCCGCAACUAGAUCUGAGAACGCAGAUCGAGGAAUUAUCAAGAAACUGCGCCUCCAAGAAGAGAGAGCGGCAGCAAAUCCAAACCUCGAUCGAGUCCAAAAGCAACGACGUCAAAUCUCUGCAAGAAGAUAUCGCAGCCUCGAACGAGAACAUGUCGAAGGUGGAACAACAAAAAAUGGAGAGGAUAAAGAACUUGGCUUCGUUGCAGAACAAGCUUAAGGGCAUGGACGAUCAUUUGGAAACUGCUAAGAACGAUUUGUUCCAGAUUAAAAGCGACCUGUCGAGGAAGGAAGACGAUGAGAAAAACCUGAGGAGGGAAAUAGCUCAGCUAGAUCAGCAAAUUGCGAACGAGAAAAAUAACUUGAGAGCAAUACAAGCCGAGUCAGGCAACGAACUGCUUUUGUACGGAAGAGACAUGCCGAGGAUAAAGCAGAUGAUCGCUCAGUACAAGAAUCGUUUCGAAAAGGAACCCAGAGGACCGUUGGGUUCUUACAUCAAACUGAAGGACAAGAAAUGGGCAGUGGCUGUUGAGGGAUAUGUAGGAGCGGACACCCUCUGUGCCUUCACUGUCGAUAACAACAAAGACAACAAGCUGCUGCGGGAAAUCUUCAACAAAGUCUCCAGCGGUGGCAGACAGCCUCAAGUAAUCACUUCGAAGUUUUUGUCGAAGAAACACGACAUUAGGAGAAACCUGGUUUACGAACCGAAUGACUGCGUAAGCCUCUAUAAUGCUAUAGAAAUAAGCGACACUAUCGUAUCGAAUUGCAUCGUUGACAGCUGCUCGCCUGAAAACAUUUUGCUCAUCCCGACGGACCGCAGGGCUCAAGAACUGCUCUCCGAUCGGCGGACAGUGCCUAGGAACUGCCAUCAAGGCAUCACUACCAAAGGAGACAAGUAUUAUCCGGAUCCGAACUACAGGACUUACGCUUCGAACUAUGUGCGAGCCAAGUAUUUGCAGGUGGACACCAAAGAGUAUAUACAACAGUUACAGCAGACGAUAGAAAGUUUAAAUAAAAAGAAGCAAGUUAUUAUGAGUCAACUGCAACAGUUCCUGGAUAAUAAGAGGCAGCAGGAGACUAGGAAAGACGAGCUGGAACAAAAAGUGAGGAAAGUUAAUUCGGCCAGAGCCCAAAUUAGAAAACAGUUGGAGGAGUUGAACUCCACAGCCGAGCCGGAAGUUCAAAAUGUUCAAUUUUUGGAGCAAGAGCUGGAAGAAGUUACGAGAACCCUCGCAGAAAAAUCCGCCGCUUUGGAACAAGUGAACGAGGAAAUUCGUGAAAUCAGAGCUACCAUCACGGCGAAAGAGCAAAACCUGACGCAGCUGAAGGGUUCAACCACAGGGCUGGAAGAAAGGAUCCAGUCGCUGAAGGACGACGUGCAGGAGAGUCAAACGAAACAGAAGGAAAUUGCGACGAGCGAUGAGUUCGACAAGAGGCGUCUUAGGGAGUAUGAAGUGAAAUUGAACGAAGCCAGGUCACAGAUGGUGGCCAAACAAAACGAACUGAAGGCUUGUACAAACGAGGCUAGUUCUGUUGGCGAACGUUUACCGGAUUUGAGGCGAGUUCCCAACAUCACGAAAGAAAUUAACGAAGUCAAACUCCGCAUAGCUCGAAUAGAAACUGAUACGGAAGACGUAUCGGAAGUUAUGGAGCGCUACAACGAGCUAUCGGAGAAGUUCAUCAAAUCCGCGGACAUCAUGAAAAGUUUACAGACGGACGUGAUGGAACUGACGUCUGCCCUGGAAAAGAGAAACAGACAUUACAAACUAACGGAGAGUUACUUUAUCACGUACAUGAAGUAUUCGUUUAAGAAGAUUUUGGAGUACAGGCAGUUCAAGGGCACCAUCGAAAUCAACAUGCAAGAGAAGAAGCUGAACUUGGUGGUCAUUCCCCAACACGGGUCUCAGGGACACACUACCACUUCAAAUCUAUCUGGAGGCGAGCGAUCAUUUUCUACGGUUGCUUUUUUGUAUUCCCUCUGGCAGUGCAUGGAGUUUCCUUUUUAUUUUCUUGACGAAUUCGACGUGUAUAUGGACAAGUUGAACCGUACCAAAGUGAUUGAUAUACUGCUUCAUCAUGCCAAUUCGAGGCCUCAGCUCCAGUUUGUGUUUUUAACGCCGCAAGACGUUUCGUUCAUCAAUAAAGACGUGUCGAUUUUGAGGUUGGAAGACCCAGAGAGGUUCAAUGUAUAACGAUGUAUUUAUGGUUCUCCCCAGUUUAUUAAGGUUCACCUUUGUCUCUUACAUAGUGAGAGCAGUGUGUCCUUGUGAAGUUCCUCAGGAGUGAUUGUAGUUUUUAAAAAAAUAUGAAGAACCUCUGUAUAUAUUGGUUGAUAUUGUUACCACUUAGCUAUACGUGGAAAAUGAUUGCAAUGUUUGUAGCGUAGGGUGUUGUUUUCCAUCAAAUGGAAAUUUGUUGAACGUCACAAAGAAACGGGACCUGCCUUGUUAUUAAAUGCUGUUAUAGAUUUACGUAUUUUUAGUAUGAAAAAAAAUUAACAUCCCAAA